UUGUAACUGAUGUUACAGUAGAGAGUCCAAGCUUUUGGUGGUGUACCACAGCGCCUUGUGAGCUUUGUUAUUGAUUUAGUAAUGUCCAUGGGUCCAAUAGCUCAGGGAACAUUGAGCAAUACCUGUCUUCCAUUAAAGGGACUUAAACUCCCAGUGCUUUAGCUCGUCCACCCUUCAUUGACCAAUCAGCACCCAUGCUUUUAGGAGCACUCCUGUGGACUGCACUGGGUAAACACAAGUGUCUGCCUCAGUGUUUGUCAAUGCCAGUUGCCUAACCAUUUAUCAGAAGUCAGUAAGCAUCUGGGCAGCUGGGAUCUGUUUGACCUGAGCGUGCAUUAGAUGUCACAGUUUCUACUGUCAAGAUUCCUCCUUUCCUCAUCUCUGUUCAGCUGUGUGAUCCCAUGUUGAGAGCUUAUGGUGCAAUUUUGCCCCCACAGAGUAAAACUGCAAGCAUGGAGGUGAAACACCCCCACCCUAUUUCCUUGGGGUCCCCUCCUCCCUUCUUGUCUCCCUCCUCAGGGGACAUCAUUCCCCUAGCACGGGCGGGACUGGAGAUUGAGUCUAGGGGCAAGGCGAGGGGAGAUCCUAUGAAGAAACACUGGGGAGAGAGAGGGGAGGAGUAAAAAUACUGCUCUGCACACUGUAUAUGCCAGCAUAGUUAAUUAGUGUUGAGCAGACCGGUGAAGAAGAGGUUCGAGGCUGCAGUUCAUGGGAUCAGUAGAUGUAAUUUGACUUUUACCUGUGCUUCAUGUGCAAUUGAUCUGCUGAGGCACUCCCUGCAGAAGCAAGCUGGAAGAAAAGCACUUUUGACAGCCUUCUUGUUUCUGUGCCUGAACUUGGACCAGUCAUAUCUACGCAGAGUCAUUCUAACAGAAGUUGUCAACAUGCUGGAGCAGGUUCUGUCAUUUGGCCGCUCCCUGGUGCGCAGAAAAGUUGUCGACCUGAGCAGCCUGGAGGACUCUAAGCUGUGCCGCUGCCUGGGAACUGUCGACCUAAUUGCACUGGGAGUGGGCAGCACUCUGGGCGCCGGUGUCUACGUGCUGGCCGGUGAAGUGGCCAAGGGAGACUCUGGUCCCAGCAUUGUCAUCUCGUUUCUGAUUGCUGCCCUAGCCUCCGUCAUGGCCGGUCUGUGUUAUGCUGAGUUUGGGGCCCGCGUCCCCAAAACAGGCUCUGCAUACCUGUACAGUUAUGUGACUGUGGGAGAGGUCUGGGCCUUCAUCACUGGGUGGAAUCUAAUUCUCUCCUAUGUGAUUGGUACCUCCUCAGUUGCCAGAGCUUGGAGUGGCACAUUUGAUGAAAUGAUAGGAGGACACAUAGAGAUAUUCUGUAAAACCUACUUCAGCAUGAACUCUCCUGGUCUUGCUCAGUACCCAGACUUCUUUGCUGUCUGCCUGAUACUUCUGCUCUCUGGGCUCCUGUCAUUUGGGGUGAAGGAAUCAGCCUGGGUCAAUAAAGUCUUCACUUCAGUCAAUGUACUUGUACUCCUGUUCGUCAUCAUCUCCGGCUUUGUCAAAGGAGACACAUACAACUGGAAGAUAACUGAAGAAUCCCUUAUAAAUGUCACCAUAGUUAGAAGGAACUUGUCGGUCACGGCCAAUGUGAGCAGCGAUUAUGGAGUCGGAGGAUUUAUGCCCUACGGCUUCAGUGGGACCUUGGCUGGAGCUGCCACCUGCUUCUAUGCUUUUGUUGGAUUUGACUGCAUUGCGACAACAGGUGAGGAAGUGAAGAACCCCCAGAGAGCCAUUCCCAUCGGCAUCGUGGUGUCACUGACCGUGUGUUUCCUGGCGUACUUUGGUGUGUCAGCUGCGCUCACCCUGAUGAUGCCCUACUACCUGCUGGAUGAAAAGAGCCCUCUGCCCAUGGCUUUUGAAUAUGUGGGGUGGGGCCCCGCCAAAUAUGUGGUCGCUGUGGGUUCACUCUGUGCCCUCUCUACCAGUCUGCUGGGCUCCAUUUUCCCUAUGCCUCGUGUAAUCUAUGCUAUGGCAGAGGAUGGGGUGCUUUUCAAAGCCUUAGCCCGAAUCAAUCCUAAGACGAAGACCCCACUUAUUGCCACUAUGAGCUCCGGUGUAGUAGCAGCCAUCAUGGCUUUCCUUUUUGACCUCAAAGCCCUGGUUGACAUGAUGUCCAUUGGAACUCUGCUGGCCUACUCGCUGGUCGCUGUGUGCGUACUGAUUCUCAGAUACCAGCCAGACUGGGCUUUGGAGCGGCGUGCAUGUACCAGUGAGAGGGACUACUUGUCCUCUGAGGAGGGCGAGUCAGACCUGACAGAAUCAGAGUCCCACCUCAACAUGUUGAAGGAUGGCAGCUCCACCCUGCAGACUGUCCUGCAUCCUCCUGUCUCACCCUCUGAGCAUUCCUCCGGUGUAGUAAACAUGUCCAUCGGUGUGCUAGUGCUGGUAGUGUGUGUGGUCAGCUAUCUCACCACAUACCACAUCAGCUCCAUUCUUCUUAUGGAAGUUUGGAUCCUGGCAUUGCUGUCUGCGUGUCUCUUCAUCUUCAGCGGCUGCGUCCUCAUGGUCUGCAGGCAGCCUCAGACUAGCAAGAAGGUCUCCUUCAUGGUCCCCCUUCUGCCAUUUCUGCCCAUUCUGAGCAUAUUUGUCAAUAUUUACCUCAUGGUUCAGCUGAGUGGAGAUACCUGGAUACGUUUCUCUGUGUGGAUGGCUGUGGGCUUCCUGAUCUACUUUGGCUAUGGCAUGUGGCACAGUGUGGAGCGCCAGCGCCAGCGCCAACUUCAGGGUCCUCUAAACAGCAGUAACACUGCCCAGGAACACAGCAAGACCAGCAGGGAGAAGCAAGUUGGCAUGGGGGCAGUAGGAAAAGACCAGGAGUGUUUCAUCUUCCCAGAGAAGACCAGCCAGUGUUAAAGUUUACCAGCUCAUUCACAGACUCUGUGAGGCAACAGAUGCAUAAAAGCACACAGCAGCUCUGCCUUGAUGCACCUGUAUAUACUGCUUCACCAUGUGUGCUUCAGUCACGAACACAUUCAGUCUGCGAAGGCAGCAUCAGUAUUCUCUAUCAGUGGAGCGCUCUAUCACUGUGAUGGGACCUCAUCCCGUUGGUCCCAUUGUACUUCAUGGACAGCGUGGAGGCAGAACUGAACAGACAGGUAACACUGGAGAGUGAUGUUCAUUUCCUUUAACACUGAGGCAGUCAUGGCAAGACUGCACCAAAGCUUUUGUGUUUCAUUAUGGACUUGAAUUUUCAGUGCACAACACACAUUUUGUCUUUUCUGUCAGUUUUUUACAUUUUUAGCAGAUUUGUACAAGUGGAUUUUUAGUCUUUGAAAUCUGUGUUAUCCAUUUAAUGGUCCAGAAUAUUACUAGAUUUUGAUACAUUAAAUAUAUGUAAGUAUUGUGAGUAAUGUUAGUUUGUGGUAAAAGCACUCAUAUUUCUCUUACAUAAGCUUACUAAAAGGAAGAAGGACCAGUAUUAGGUUAAAGAUGUGUUGUCCAUUGUAAUAGUGUUGAGCUAUUAUGUGCGUAAUUGUUUCAUAUGCAUACGUGUGAAAUUGUGAUAUCUUUAUAAAAAGAUCAUAAAGACACUGCCACAUUUAGACCAAUGUACAAUAAUUCAAACACCGACUGAAUUUAUAAGUCAGUGACCUGAAACUAGGCCAAAUGCUAGUGGAAAAAUUUCAGGCUUCUGUAGGUACUACAGCAUGUAACAAAUCAUUUCUUUCUUUACUGUAGUUAGUGUGAUCUCCGUAGCUGUUGUGAUGGUUUUAUACAGCACAAGUUUACUUUUUUAUUGAAUAUGAAGGUUGUUAUUGAAACACAACUCUCAUCCAAGAGUAUUUGUAGUUUCUUUUUUCACUGUUAGAUUAUGACACUGUAUUUUCAUCUGUCUGAUAAUUUCGUGCUGUUUUGAUACAGUUGCAGACUUGCUGUUGAUAUAAUCUUCAUGAAAUGAUUCCGUCGUAACUACAGUAUUUUGCCACUUAACAAGAAGCACAACAAUUAAUUACAAUUAAUUACAAGUUAAUUGUGAUACGAGAGUAUUAUAUAAGAAAAGGUUCGUUUUGCCACAUAAUUUAGAUGAAAUGGGUAUUUUUCCAGGUUUCUUCUCUUUGUCUUCAGUGCCUUACUUCAAAGACUGGAGUCUGUGUUGUUUCAUAACCGAUCUGAAGAGACUUUUUGAAGAAUCCGAGCUAACAUUCUUUCCUCUGGGCUUUUAGGGGCCACCUGCGUUUUUCUUGUACUAUAAAUUGUAAGGCUCAGUGAGCUCUAGUUUACAGUAGAAACUUGUUUGCUGUCACUUUUCCAGAGGUCAGAUACUGCGGCUGUAAGAUGUGGGUAACUGAUUGAUCAGGUUGAUUGAUGUGUGUGGUGCUGUGGUUUAAAUAAAUGUGGAACAAAUUCAGAACCUGGUGUCAGCAGGAGGGAGGUGGGCGUUCUACCAGACUGUACCUCUACAUUAACAGUGUAGAGUCUUCCAGUGAAGUUACAGGGUAAAGUACAUAGAAGUAACCAUGAUGUCAUAAUGUAGGGGGACUUGUUAGC